GCCUCUCUGCACCCAGCCUGACCCACUUCCUGGAGCCCUCGAGGGAAGCCGGCGGAGGGCCAGCAUGGACGAGGAUUUCUCCUCCCAGAUGAAGAAGAUGGCCUUGGCCAUGGGCACGUCCCUGUCAGACAAGGACAUAGACCUGCUGCCCACAGACAUGAGGCACCACGGCUCCUUCAACUACCUCAAGUUCUUUGAGUACAUGCGGAAGUUCCAGGCCUCGGGGCAGCUGGAGGUCGCCAUCCGCAAGGCCUUCCAGGCCCUGGACAAGGACAAGAGCGGCUUCAUCGAGUGGAAUGAGAUCAAGUACGUCCUGUCCACCAUCCCCAGCAGUGGGCCCGCCGCCCCGUUGACGGACGAGGAGGCCGAGGCCAUGAUCCAGGCAGCCGACACCGACGGGGACGGGAGGAUCGACUUCGAAGAAUUUUCUGAACUGGUCAAAAAGGAGAAAGUUCCGAAGAAGAAAUAGCACUUGGCCCAGCCCAGGCCUCUGAAGGGCAGUGGGAACCCCUGCGCCCUGAUGAGAGGCCGGGGGGUGGA